UCUUUUUUUAAUUUUAUUUUGCUGUUUUGCUCAGACAGACACCUUUGACCUGCAAGUCAUAAACUCUGUCCUAACUUAUUGUAGUUCUACUUUGCUUAGUGCUGUUAUAUAGCCUUGAGAGAUGUGGCAGUUGGUUAAAGGUAAUUGGAUUGUUUCGGUAACUUAUUUACUUGAGGUGGGUGUUGUAUUUACAAUUUCUUGUUUAAAGACAAACACUGUCUGUUAGUCAUCACAUGCUUACAGGGCAUUUCUCUAGUCAGAAGGGGGAGUGUGGGAGAAUGACAGCACUACACGAGAAUAGAUUCCUCUGCCUGCAGGUCAUGCUUGUCACUUGAUCCUGACACAGAAGCUUUCAGCUCCUGGUGUUGCUGCUCCCCUCUGCCGCUGCUUGAAUUCAUGAGCACGCUCAGUGACGGCUGUGCGUAGUCCUCGGGGAUGGGGAGAGGAGUACAGGAACAACGGGCAUCACACACGCAGGGAGAAGUGCUGACGCUGGCUUCCUCCAGUCAGUCAGAAGUGCGCUAUGGGGGCCCGAAGCUCACGCGCUCUGUCCUCAACUCGCUCUUCUCUGGGGCUUUAGCAGGCGCUGUGGCCAAGACAGCUGUCGCCCCUCUGGACAGGACUAAAAUCAUUUUCCAAGUGUCUUCAGCAAGAUUCUCUGCUAAGGAGGCCUACAGAUUGAUCUACCGGACCUACCUGAAGGAUGGCCUCCUCAGUCUGUGGAGGGGGAACUCUGCCACCAUGGUGCGAGUCAUCCCGUACGCCGCCAUCCAGUUCUGUGCACACGAGCAGUACAAGGGGCUGUUGGGAGGCUACUACGGCUUUCAGGGGAAAGCCCUUCCUCUAAUUCCCAGAUUUCUUGCCGGGUCUAUGGCUGGUUUGACAGCAGCCAUGCUGACCUAUCCUCUGGACAUGGUGCGAGCUAGGAUGGCUGUAACACCAAAGGAAAUGUACAGUAACAUCCUGCACGUGUUUAUGCGAAUAACCCGAGAAGAGGGCCCGAAGACAUUGUAUAGAGGCUUCACUCCCACCAUGCUGGGUGUUAUUCCCUACGCUGGUCUCAGCUUUUUUACCUAUGACACAUUGAAGAAAAUACAUGCAGAGCACAGCGGGCGCUCACAGCCCUACACACAUGAACGUCUAGCAUUUGGAGCCUGUGCUGGUCUUAUUGGCCAGUCGGCGUCUUACCCUCUGGAUGUGGUGCGACGCCGCAUGCAGACUGCGGGAGUCACGGGUCACACAUACGGCACCAUCCUGGGCACCAUGAGGGAGAUUGUGUCUGAAGAAGGGAUCGUCCGUGGACUCUACAAAGGUCUCAGUAUGAACUGGGUGAAAGGGCCCAUGGCGGUGGGCAUCAGCUUCACCACCUUUGACCUUACUCAGAUCCUCCUGAGGAAGCUGGAGCAAAUGGGCUAUACGGCACGAUAAUAAUGAUAGAGGUAGAGGAAAAUGGGGGGUAACAGGAAGAGAAGCUCCCCAUACAUACACCCUGUGAAGAGAAAAGAAGUGAGAGAGUGACGAGUUUGUUUCGCUGCAUAAAAGCGAAACACACACUCGCUCAGGAUGUGUGAUAUUAAUGUAUUCUCUCGCUUUAUCUGUGUGCAGCGGGGAAUGCACAGUCCCUACAGGCAUGAGGUAUGUUGGACGGUACAGAGUACCUGUACACACUGUUGUCCUGUACAGCUAAGUGCAAUAUGCUCAGUGAUUUUAUGUGUGUUUGUGUGUACACAUAAAUUAUAACGCUCCUGCCGUCGUGGACCAGGCCUGCGAGUGUAUUUGCCAGUCUAAGAGCUUCACACACACACUGAAGCCUCCCAACUGCCUUGUGUGUCUGCUUAAAACUGACACCUUCCAAUGCAAUGUAGGUUGCCACUCAUUUAUUAACUUUUAAGAUGCAUUUGAUUUAAUAACAGUAAAAUUUGCCCCCUUGAGAUUGGUUUUAUUGUGAGUGCGUUUGUUUUAAGGAAUUAUACCAAAGGUUACGAUAUGAGUUAAUCGUAGAUGAUAUGAUGUUAGUGGUGUUUGUAUAUUUAAGCACAAAAGUUCUCAGAGUACAACUACAUAGCAAAAAUCUUGCCUAGCAGAGAGGUAACAGCAUUACUGUUACUGCCGUCAUAUGGUCAGUUUUUCUUUGAGUUGAAUAUAUUGAAAUCACUAUGAGUCCAGUUUCUGAUUUGAGCACUCCAAGACUGACUUUUAUUUGUACAGCAGAUAAUUGAGCUGGAUCUUAUGCCAGUGCCAACAGAUGUGAAGUACAAAGAGUGCCCAUAUGAUUUUAUUUGUUUUCACUGUGAUCAUGUCAUGUUUUUUUUUUGUUUUUUUGUUUAAUUUUGUCAAUUGUGAUAGAGAGUUUUGUUAUUUGUAUUAUUAAUACAGAUGAUUAGACAGAUUUCAGCGCUAGUUGGGAAUGCUAGCUGAAAGUAACUGACAUUUAGUCGCAUGUAACGCACAUCAAGCAAUUUAACAGGUCAUUUUCCAAAUGUGAAAUCAUAUACACUGAAUUAACAGUUUAGUAGCAACUAAUGUUGUUUUAAAUUUGAAACAAUACUAGUGUAAAAAAACAAUCCUCGAUACAUCUUCUGACGCCACCGCUAAAAGGAGAAAUAAAACUAGGAACACAAAAUAUUAUAUUUUUUUCUUUUUUAAAAUAACAACCAUCACACUGCUGGUACAGCCUGAUCUCAGAAUUGCGUGAAAUGGACACAAAGCCUUAACAACGCAUUAUAUGGUGAUGGGCGCACAAUAUGUUAAAGUCACGUGCUGGUAACACAAAAACGAUGCCAAUGCAAAGUCAGUUAAGAUCUUUUGUCAUGGUGGACACAUGGAUUCAGUAUCGAGCGAGAAAGUCUGUGUAGGGCAGGCCCACGGGAAGUGUGUCUGGCUUUGAAGCCAGUUUUUGUAGUGGCCAAACAGUGGAAUUACAACUCCAGAGUCUGCACAUAAUGCAGUUGGCCACUAAGACUUUCCCACAUACUAACAUUGGGAAAGAGACGUCUAUUUAUCAGUGGAUACAUUUUUUGUAGCGUCACAACCCUCGUGAAAUGACUCCUUUCAACAUCACUAUUUAAUCCAUUCAGUCAGAUAACAUUUGGCAAGUCUAGCAGAGCCGUUUGAUUAAUUCAUUUUAUUUCCAUUCCAGUUAGCGGUGUACUAAAUCAGAAGUGGCUGGUUCGGCCAGCAGAAGUCUGGUGCGCUUGGUUUAUGGGCCCAGUGAUGCAUACGUGCGGAUCAUUCAGGUGAUUUCAUACCACGGGAAUAGGGCUUUUUUGGCUUCAUGCGCCACUGAGCAACUUUCAUAUCUCUUAAUACAUGCAUAGCAAAGGGCGGGUAGGAGCAGUGGUGGAUGGGUCAAACAAACAUGGACUUUCAACCAGGAGACUGCUGUUUGUGCCCAGUUUGAAACCAAAAGUCAGCGUAGUGACUGGAAUUUACAGAUUUAACAGAACUACACAAAGUACUUUAUAUUGGUACUUUACACAGGUACUGCUUUAUGUAACUAUUCAAAGUACAUAACUUGACAUCACCUACGCCCUGUACAAAGUUAUUUCAACCAAAACCUCGAUCUUUUCCGUAACCAAGUAUUCCUUUGGUUCUCUAAAUCUAACCAAGCUUUUUCCUUUCCCUUAACCUAACCAAACUGCAGCUGCUUUUUUGCAUUGGCAUUGUUUUCAUGUUGCCAGCACCCAACUUUAACACAUUUGGUGCCCACCACCACGUUCAGUUUAGUUUAUUAGUUUAUUUACAGUAACAGGUACCAUGCACAAUACAACUGUCAAGCCAGAGUUAGCUAUAUAGCUAAUUAGCAUCUUCAGUUCCUGGACAGAAAAAUAUUAAAAGACAAUACAGAUAAAGAUUAAAAGUUUGCAAAUUUAUAAACAGUACAUCACAUAUAAAAUGUAUAUAUGUUAUAUAGUCUUGGAAAACAGUUUAUUCCAUUCACAGGUUCAGAUCAGUGAUCACAUGAUUGAUUUGUCUUGAACCAUGGUUUGAAUGUCGUUUUAAAAAUACUCAAACUUGUCCAUUCUCUGAUUUAGAUGGGAAUUAAGUUCCAUUUAUCUGCUGCAUUAACUAAAAAUGCUAAAUGUCUGAAAGCAGUUUUCCUAAAUUUAGCCGAGCAGUCCCCUCUGGCUGAUGCUCUGAUGUCCCUAGCAUUGUCCCUGCAGAAUGACACACAUUAACAGUGUAGUGCGUUGUUUAGAAGGUCAUGUCCAUUUCAUGUAUCUCUGACAGACUGUGUUGGCUGGUUGUAGAUCUGUUUUGUUUUUAUGUUCUUUAAUAGCUUCAGAACUUUCGGUACUAUCGGAUGUUUAAUUGACAGAGAUCGUAUCGUUUUAAACAAACGUUUUUUUGAAAAUUAUCAAGGUAUCAAUACUUUUGACAGCCUCAGUAGGAACACAUGUAACAUCUAAAUCAAUACAACAACCGUGCAGUGAGUACUGCCUGUAUGAAGUGUACAAUAUUCUGUGGUUGAUGCUGUGUGAGAGGCGUCGCUUUAGUCGUGUUGUUUUGGAUAUCGAUAUGUUGAGAGGUGUUUUUAAUAUUAUGUCCCAUAUGUCACUGAUACAGAUGCACACAGCGUCACAUCGAGUACACAAAUGUUGUCUUCCAUUUGCUGUUGGUUCAGCAGCUGCAGGGGGUUUGCUCGGCACAUGUCGUAGAGCUGUAGCAGUAUUUGCUAAUGGAUUAGCUUGACUGGAAUUAUGCACACACAUAGUGAAGAAAUAGCUUGAGCUCUGUGUUACAGGCGUGAUCGAGUAUAUUUUAGUGUUUGCAGUGUUGUACAUUACCUCAAAACGUAAAUCAAACGCUCAUGAAAUCCUCACAUAUCUGUGUGUUAUGUUGAGCAGUGCUAAGAAUGGAAAUAGCUGCUCGGUUGUCAUUUGUAUGUGAGACAGUUUGAACAGUAUUGAUGCAGGUUCACAGGUGUUGAAGAGUGUCAAUAGUUUCUAUACUUAGAGCGCACAUGCUGAGAGAGCAGCUGAGUGCAGAGCCAGGUGGGGCAGAGGGCAGGAGAGUGUCAUCCUCACCAGAAUAAAGCAUGACGUUUUCUCCACUACACAAACUCAAGUUAGUUUAAAACCAACCCUGAAGGAACUCAAAAAACAAUAGUGUAAUAUUAAAGGUAAACUAUGCAGGAAAUGCCAGUUACUUUUUGUAAACUGAGCCCCUCCUCAAUAAACUGCUAGUACACACACUGCAAGCUACUACUCUAUUUGUUGUGCUAAUAGAAAGCUAACUAAACUAACCGCCAACACCUACCUGUCCAGCAGAAAACAGGCAAACCCUGUGUUGCUCUGCGUCCCCAUUAUUUCCUUCAGUGCUCAUCAGCCAAAGUCAAAGCCAACCCCAGACUCAUUUUGCAGCAAGCUCUGUCUGCGAUCUCUCUUAGCCGUCUUUUGAAUUUGUGCUGCUACUACGUGGUCGCUACCUUUUUAUAAAGUCCAGACCAAAGCAACAGGACGUCGCAGACAUGAGAAAAUAUGGGCGGGGGGCAGGGUCACCACCACAUACUUCUAGUGGGUCAUAAGUGAUGGUUGCAGCGGACUAUUUUUGUAUGAGCCUCUAAAUUGUUUAUUAGGAAAACCCUGCAUAGUAUACCUUUAAUGAUAUUGUUAUACUAUAUUAAAAAAACUCUACUAGGGCUUCACUACUAAGCUUUAAAUACAGAUUAAUCUAUACAUUAUUUUAAUUAUCAAAGUGUCCGUUAACAUUGCUUACUGUCUGUGUUCUGACCAGCAGACAAACAACUCAAACUAUUCACUGCUGUAGAAAAGGAGCAUUUUAAAUGUGUGAAUCUCGAAUCAUUUAAUGUCUUCACUAUUUAGAAGAUUAAUUGAUUAUUAAAUUGGAAUUGAUACAUUUAUUUGUCCAUUAAAGGAGCUGUAUGCGACAUUCAGAGCAUAUCUAUGCUUCAGAUUCUGGGGCGAGAUUGUCUGCACACGGCUCUCGAUAUGGAGGGGGCUGAGCUGGUGGCUAGCAGCUAACGGUGCUAACAGUGCUGAUAGAGCUAACAUUGUUAACCUGAGGGGGGAAUUUAGCCUGAGUGUCAGACUGAAGCUCCCAGAACCUUCAGUCUGACAGUGCCUGUUUAAAAUGUCUCCGUCGUCGUGCACGCCCAGCUGCAUCACCAUUAAAUCCAGUUUAGCAGCUUCCUUAAUUUGGUCCUCCAUUAACGCAAGUAGUGGCGAAAUACCUCAAUAGCAUCGUUAAUGUGGUCUGUAGGAUCUGUAGCGGUCGCCAUUGUUGCUAUCCUCACCAGUUACCCACCAGCAUACAGCUUGACAUCAGCGUGGCGCUGAUUGGCUAAUCGCUAGACCCACCCCUACCCCCGGCGUUCAUUGGUCCGUCCAUUGUUUGGACGAGAUAAAUCGCAAAUUCAUUGCAGUAUGCCAGACAAGAGAUGCAAGCCUACUCAGUUGAGUGGGCGGGGUCUAUGGUCUGGAUCCAGGCUAGGGGGAACUGGAAGGUGAGCACUGUGCUUCGGCAAUGACACUGCUGUAACCGACGUAAGAGGGCAGUGCGGAGUGGCGGCGAUGAGCUAGUCAGUGUGAUGCAGGACUGUCUACCCCAAAAAGCCGAGAAGCUGGGAUUACAACACACACAGAGGGAGUGUGACUUAAUUCUCUGCUCAGGACUCUAUUACCUCACUAUAUCUUUACAUAGCAAUUAGUUUUUUGCUGAAAUAUUAAUUCUCUGAAUGUUGUAUACAGCUCCUUUAACCAAUCAUUUUAUCGACUGAUUAUUUCUGUUCUAGGACUUGGUAUAUAAUGCUAAUCACUGUUGCACUAAUACCACAACAAUACUUUUUUGAUAUGUUACUUAGAGGAAUGCAAAUAUUUUUUCAAACUUUUUUUGUUUGUUUAACAAAUGGCCAAACUUCUGAAAUGUCAAAUAUGUUUAAAAACAAGCAGCAUAGUAAACAUAGUCUGAAUAAAUUAGUUUAAAAUUGGUAAAUUAACUAUUGAAGUAAGAAAAUAUCCCAUCAUAAAUGAGUGAAGAAUACCAUUUGGGUCAGCCCCAAAAAAGUUUCGAGAUUCGAUACUCAGCCCAGUAGGCAACUGGUUCCCAAGCGGAGGUCCUGACCCCACUAGGGGUCACCAAAAGCUUCACGGGAGCGUAGAGAAGCCUUGAUAAAAUCAUACAGUAGACCUAUAUCUCAGCAUUUAAUUCAUCUCUCUGAUGCAAACUAAAUGAAAUCAUUUCAAAGUUUAGAUUAUUAUUCAAGAUAUAAAUAGAGUCGUCAGUCUCUGCUGAACAGCCUCAUCCUGCUUUAGAAACGUACGUAGUUAAAACAACCAAAGAGCUGAUAGAACAAUGGCCAAGCAAAAGGAGAAGAAAACAGUUAGUUUGUCUAAAAAGAAGCCUAUUAAGUAUGUAUGUCAAAAAUAGAGUAUUAUAUUAAAAGUUUCUACAAAUAUUAGGAAGACUCAUCUGUGAUAUUUGCAUGAAAAAUUCUGCUCAAAAUUCAUCCAAAUUGCUCGAGUUACACAAACGUCCUGCAGUUAUUGUAUUCAAUAUUUGCGUUAACUGUACAGUUUAUCAGUUGUUCUGCACUGUUAUUGUUCUGUAGUUAAUAGAAUAUGAAAUAUCCAUAAGAUAUGUCCUUUAGUCAGGGGUCGUCAGUUUACUGAGUGAUAGAAAAAGGGCUUCUUAAGCAAGAAGUUUAGGGACUACCGCAGCUACUUCACUGAACUCUGCUCUCCCCUGACGGGCCUGUCUGACCAUCAUCAUUUUAUGUUUGAUGUUUUUAUUGUUUUCUUCUUCUUCAGUGAAUCAGGAGGAUUGUAGCAGUGCUCUGAUGACAGACACAUAAACACAUAUAUUAUUCUAAUCAGCAAACAGUGGUGAUGCAUUCAUGUUAACAACAGAUGCAAGUCUAGUCUUUUAAUAUCAGUGUGUAAUCUUUACGUCUUGCCUUUGUUAAUAGUUUGAAAAUAUGUGUAACUGAGUUUUGAUCAAUGACAGCUUGAAACCUGCACAUGCUCUGAGCUGAAGCGUGCACGAAUGCUGCAUAGCAGAAAGUACACAGUAACCGAAAGCUGAGUGAAGGGUAGUUACUGACUCAAGUGCCUGGCGAGGAAUAGUAAUGUUUCUACUAUGACUGAGCUACUUCUACUAACCUUUUUGAAGGUUGCUUCCAUUUUCUAGCCUUUGCUUCGGUCUUGAAGUUCCGAGUAUUUGAGGGACAGCAGCGGGGGGUUUGACGUUUGGGAUUGUGAGACCUCUGUGACUGAAUGUAUAACUUCAGCUCCAGUUUUUGUAUGUGAAUUUUGUAAAGCUAUAAAACUGCCUUGCAGGGUUUUGCUGUCUAGGGUGAAAUGCAUGACCCUUGGCUCCCUAGCAGACUCCAACCCAUCCAUUCCAACCAGACUAGGACUAAUUUGAAAUUUAAUGGUUAUCUGAACCCUGAUUUCAAUUGGAAGAGCUUUGUAAUCUUAUCAUCCACCUAUUGAUCCAACUAUAGAUCAUAGGAGAUGGAUAAAUACAUAAUGAAAUACACAACAACCCAGACAAUCAUGAAAUGCCAAAAAAGUACAUAUUUAGUUGUGAACCUGACAGUGGCUUAAUAAUGAGGAAUACUGACACACUACAGAAACAAAACUGGGAAAAAAAUCAGAUUUUAUUUGCUCUCUUAAAAGCAAAUUUAGUUGUUUUAACCUUAUUUGUCGGUAAGUGACGUGCAGACAAACGAUGCUACUGUGUUUGCAUGUUUCAACGGAUCACCUUGUGUUGUUUUUGUUUCAGUGCAGCAGUGAUGCAGCGGCUGUUUUGUCAAUCCCAGUGAUUUGUGCCAACUGAAUGUAACCGUACCUACACCCUGUGUCCGGUCUCUAGUGAUGAUGGUGUAUCUGUAGGAAAGUUUUCAAAUAAAACUGGAUGUUAACAACA